AUGGAAUCCGCAUCCAUUUUGCUUUCCGAUCAGCCUGGUAUCUUGCGACAAAUCCACUCGCCUCAAUAUCCGGGUGUACGAAGAAUUGCAGUGACGUUGCUUAAAUCCCGUCCACCCCAGAAACAGCACGUGGGUGCAUGGGUUCUAAAUGCGUCAAUCUCCAAAAUCGGAUUACUCAGCUCUGAACACCUGCCAAACCCUGUUGCCGUGUUUCUUGUCCGAUGCUGUUACCAUGUGUGCUCCAGUGCCCGUUGCCGUGAUUGUUCUCCGAUGCUUCAACAGCGUUUCACCGUUCUUAAAUUCUUCUCCACACUUUAUAGAGUUCUCCAAUUUCCCCCUCACAAUCCCCACAAACUUGAAUUAGGUUUUCGAGAGUGGAAGCAAGAGUGGAGGCAGCAGGGUGGGAGCAGGAGGGUAGUCUCUCAAAUUAGAGGCAUGUUCAUUCGCAAACGGAGUUUAGGAAAGAACAUACACUUGCGUUCGUGGAUCGCCAAUGUCCAUUCAGAAACGACUGUAGGCAAAUUCACAGUCUUUGACGAUAAGAGGUGGGAAAGGUCGACACUGUACGUGGACUGUGUGGCUAUUGCUACAAUGAAUUCUCUGGCUGGGCUGUUGACAUCUCAAGCUGUAGCUACCACAAGUCGACUUGGUACUGAAACAACCGAUUUAUACAACAUGCCCAUAACCCUCCGCAUGUUGGUGAUUUCGAAGAUACUGAAAAUAUCUCGGUACCCGAGUUUGGAAUAUAGAUGCAGGCAUAGUUCUUAUAACUUGUUUGAGGAAGGAUCACCAUCAUAUAAUCUGGCAGGGCCCAUAAAUAUGCGUGUCAAAGAAGCCAUAAGAGAGUCAAAGAAGGUUCAAGCUGGUUGUGGUGUUGCCUUCAAUCUCCGUGCCUUGAGAGAGGAUAGGAUAAAGCUCCAAGCUCGAAAUAAAGAUAAGCAGAAUGGCGGGCAGCCCCACAAGGGCACCAUUGGGAAAGAGGUUGCACGAAGUUUGAGAAAGAUCCUUCGCAAGCAGCUUCCCGGUAUCAAAUGCCGGGUAUCAAGAUAUCUAGAAUGGUCGUCGGAAUACUAUCAGUAUUUUCAACUAGUGGAGGAUGAGCAAAACGCUUUAGCUGACAGUUUUUACGAAUGUAUGCACCGAGCCCUCGAUAUGGCACAUAGAGUCCUGGCGGUCCAAUUUGCGCUUAAGGAGUACGUUAUUCAUAUCCAGCAAUUCAUGUACUCAGAGCUUACUAAUCUUUCCAAUGCCUCUUUCGCUUUCCGCGAAUUCUCGUAA